CGCAAAGAGCUUCCUUCAAACUAUACUGAUACUGAGAAAAUCGAGGUACCUAACCUAUUCUUUCGUUGAUUCCAACAUUUUAAAACCCACACAAACCCUGCCCAAAAUGCGCCUAGACUUCAUCUCCAUCGCCUUGACCGCACUCGUCGUCUUCACACAAGAAGCAUAUGCUUGUCAAUCCACAGCGGAUUGCCCUCAGAAUUGCGGGUUGGGCAAAGACAACCUGUGCCACCUCCCGGGUAAUUUCUGCGAGUGCAUUCCCUACUAGAGCUUAACCGUUGCCGGAGCCGUUGACAUCGGAAACGUGACAACAACGGAGUAACGUUCGACCUUUGGCUAUUUUCUUAGGCAUAGACUGCGGAGUUACGUUGUUUCUAUC